UGAAGCUAAAUAACCCUCCUCGGUCAACCUCCGCCCCCUCUAAUCAGCAAGAUGACAUCGACAGGUGCGGCACCAUUCCGUUUGGUCCGCCGCAAAUCUUCAUAUACCGACUUAGCCGAUGACGAUGCAAGCUGUCGACUUAUGAACCUGUGCGAUACCGCCAACCUGGACUCUUUCGAGGCCGUUUGCGACGUUGUAAAGGACAAAUCCAGUGCUAUUGUGAAGGAAAUCCAUGCCAAGAACAAGCUGCUGGUAUCCAACGGGCACACCACCGUCUUCGCACCCCCAGAACCCGAGCAAGGCGACGACCACGGAAACCUGGUGCUGCGCACAUUCAGCGAGAGUGUCGAUGAGUCCGAGCAGACUGUGAUGACCCGAGAGUUCAUGGUGCACCUCGAGCAGGGCAACAAGGUCGAGGUGCGUGAGCGUCGCAAGAGCAAGGCAUCUGACGGUACUUUUGAGUACAACGAGAUGCAGAAAAUUAUUGAUUUGGCCAACAACUAAAGGCUCUACCAGGAGGAACCGAACACCUCCUUGGAAGGGAGUAUUCGAUCACCGUACUAUACCGUUUAAUACUAGUCCCUUUGAGAAUGUAGCU